CUCCGACAUCAGUUGCCAUGUUUUGGAGUGGAGGAAGAAAGGCAGUGGAUGGUGAGCGUUGAGGACAAACUGUGGCAAGUUUAAAGACAACUCAUCAAGAUGGCGUCUGCCAGCAGCUUGCUGAGUGAAGAGUUCAAAUGUCCGAUCCAUCUGUACGAGCUUGUUGACCCCAAGAUCAUGGGGCCAUGUUUCCAUACCGCGUGUCUAGAAUGUGUCUCAGGCCUCGUCCGGGCAAGUGAUAGAAGGGGCGUCUUUUCCUGCCCCGUUUGUCGUGAAGACUGUCGCAUACCAGCGGGGGGAGUCCAGAACUUAAAAGAUAACUUCCAUUUGAAAUCCAUCAUGGACAGAUACCGAAACGUACAAGAAAAUACCGCAGGUAUCAAAUGUAUCGCAUGUGGAAAUGCUGCCUCCCACUUCUGCAAGAAGUGCGAGAACAUCUAUCUGUGUCCGUCCUGCUCGAGGAAGCAUGACCUGAACCCAGAGACCGCCGAUCACCAAUUGAUCGGCAUCUGCAAGGAACACGGCAAAACGCUGAGUAAGUUUUGCAGAGGUUGCAACCAGGCGAUUUGCAGUGUUUGCCGUAUAUCCACACAUUCUGGCAGUGGGAACCAUGAUGUGACGUCACACGAGGAGGUUGUUGAUGAAGCAACGACAAGAGUGGCAGACGAGGUUGUGACACUUGAGGGAAAGCUUAUGAAGAAGGAACAACACCAAAAUGCCCUUCAACAGAUACACGAUUCAGCAAUCGAAAAGAUUGAGUCCGAUCUUGGUAAACUCGCGGAAAAGACGGAUUCGGUCAUUGCCAUUUAUGACAGGAAACACGAGGAACUUUCCAUCAAACGUCGUAAUCUUCAGGAGCAGUUAAACGCAGUUGAGGAAAGCCUUAGCGAAACUGAAAAGAAGAGGACAGAUGUCCAAAACACGAAUGAAGAAUACUGCCUAGUCCUUCGAAACCAACGAAAUAUCCACUUGGCCAAACUGAAGACGUUAUUGGCACAGCACGCGAAAGGCAUGGCGGAGGUACAAACAACGAUUGAUCUAGCGCACACUGUGACAUCACGUCAACGAGUGCUUGAUGACAAGACAGUCCCCAAUCUGGUACACGUCAGUGAUGACCUACAGAAACUGUCCAUUGUAGCUGAGCAUGGAGAUGAUGUGAAUUCAUUCUUACAUAUAGAGAGUAGAAUGGUGAGAUUUGUACUUGGUGAUGAUCAGAUGGAGAUUGGUCACCUAGGUGGGGAAAUUCAGAUGCCGGAAUACACAUCUGUAGAAAAGGUUACUGACCUGUCCUUCCCACCAGAUCUUCCUUGUCAUAGGGUACGUCGCCUAAAACAUUAUGAUGAUGGUCGUGUGGUUUCGUUGUAUCAGACUGGAGAAGGGAGGACGAUUUGCUUGCAUGAUACAACAUCGCCAGGUAAAAGCUCGGUGACUAUCAAGAGAGAUAUUGAGCCAGCAGUAGAUAUGACCAUCACAUCCACAGGAGAGGUAAUGGUGUUAAGACGGACCGAGCCUGCCAUUCAGGCCAUUGAUAUUAACACUGGUACAUUAUCGGACAUCCGUGUAUGCUUUGGUGAUAAAUUGGUCAGAAAGAAUCGGGGCAUUGAAACAGACGACGAAGGCAACAUGUUUGUAUUGAAUGGCGGUCCUUACGAAACCAAUUCUCAUCUUCUUGUCUUCAAUACUGAAGGAAACCUCAUCCAUAACGUUCAGAUUCAUGGCUUCGCAAUGAGAGCGACGUAUAGCAGAUCAAGGAAAAAAUUGUAUGCGGCUACAUUAAUAAACAAGAUCGUGAGGUAUCGAUGGAGUGGAUCAAUGCUCGUGCAGUUGUCAUCAUUGUCACAUGGAGUGGAGGGUUUUGAUUGCGUCGAUAUUUGUACUGGAAGUGCCGGCGAGGUGUUUGUUUCUGGUCUUAUGAAAGCAAACGAUGAGAUUAGAAUAUAUCAAGUCUUGGAAGCGGAGGACAGGAGGGAAGAACAGGAAUGUGGUACUGAACCUGCUUCUGUCGCGCAGAGUGGAAAUGACAGCAGCCAAAAUGUCUCGGAUGAAGCUAACGAAGCAGUGAAUAUGAUCAGAAUUAACUUCAGUGACAAUACCCUGAGACGGAGUCGUAUAACCCCCCCGUCUAUCAGUAUGAGGGACAACACAUUAGUCCUGGGGUACGACACGAAAAUAGAAGUAUUCAAACUUAUAUCAUAAACUCCUACAGUGACCCAAACUGUGACAAACAGCAGUUCUUUAGAUGCUGGUCAGGAAGCAAACGAAAAUUUCAAAAUUGGUUAGGAUUAACACUGAUGACAAGAGUUCAAGGCUAAUAAGCGACCUGCUACAAAAAAUGUUAGCUCACCUUAUACUGCGCGUAUCAAAAAAAGGUAAUCCGAUUUCAGAGGGUUAAUAUGCCAAGGUUAUUGAUUUUGACAAUUUACAUUAUUUUGGUUACCUUUCCAUUGGUACCUUUCUUACAUCACUUAUGUUACAAAUGACCGAGUACAGUUUGGGAAAUCCAUGAAAAAUGGACACAUUGAUUAUGAAAGGCUUUUUAGCUGGUUCAGUAACCAUCGAUUACAAUAUCAUCUUCUGCCUGGCAUUUUGCCAGGAGGCUGGCGUUUGCCAGAAGGCCUCAAUCUUGUCAUCAGGGGACUACCUGAUUAGUUAUUCAAAAUGGCUGCACAGUAAUCCCUGGUAACUCGCCUACGUCAGAGUACCAUGGGACACCCGGAUCACGUGGUAAGUAUGACCUGUGACCCGUCAAUUUGUCCGUUACAUGUCACUAUGAAUCCUACAUGACAUAUCUAUCCAACAGCCGUAUGAGUGUAAUAAGUGACAUGUCCAGUUACAUGACGGUGUCAAUCACCCCAAUAAAGGUAUUUUUGGUGUGCAAUUAUUUGAAUACUAGCAUAUUAUGUUAACUAGCCUUUGCUUGUUAACACAGGGCCCAAUAUCAUGGCUUAUUUAA